AGUAUGGAUGUGAUGGAUACAUUAAUUUAUAGUUUGCUGUUCAUUCCAUUAUUUGUAUCCGGAUCAGUCGUCACAGCAUGUGUCCAAGUACCAGAUUGUCAGUGUGAAUCGUUGAGUGUCAAUUCAACGGACAUCAAGGUGACAUGUCAUGAAACAUCCAGUUUACUCUUAUUGCCUAAGUCGGUGUCGAUUUUAGAAGUCAACUGCUUCAAUAAAUAUUUACAGCAAACUCCCCCUGCUGAUCUCUUCCUUCUUUUAUCGAAACUUCACUCCGUAAAAUUUAUCGGUUGUCGUUUCGACGGAAUAUCGACAACAUUAUUUCAAUGGCCAAGAUUAAGAAACAUCAGGUUUACGUCAUGCUUUUUGCGGAAUACGUCACUGAUAUUCAACACAUCUUUAGUUGAGUUGGAAAUUUCUGACAGCGGCCUGACGUCGUUUCCGGAAAUACGUGACCUUGACCAUCUUGAAGUGUUGAACAUUUCUAACAACGGGUUGGAGAGUUAUGGAAUGUUUGAAAAAAACUGUGAAGUCGCGAAUCUAUCGUUAAAACAUAUCGAUUUUAGUGGCAACGCUUUCAAAACAUUUCCAAAUUUAUCUAACUGUGCUCCGAAUCUGAUUAGCCUGAAAAUAUGUCAUGGUGCUCCACUAAAGUUGGAAACUAAUUUAAACGAUUUGGGAUAUUUAGAAAGUUUGGAUCUAACGGGAACGAUAUUGGAGGGACAUAUCGGAAAUCUGAGAAACCUUACCAAGCUAAAUGUCUUGCAUUUGGUUGGUGUCGGACAAAUGUUAGAGUUCUUUCCACGAGACCAUCCCAAGUUAAAGGAAUUACAUUUACAAAAUGUGUACCCGGAUGAUAAAUUAAUUUGGGAACUAGGACAUCUCCCCGACCUGACCCAGUUAAAGUUGAUUAAGUGUAACAUCACAAGCCUACCUUCAUCAACCUUUUUAAAUUUAACGCUUUUAGAAGAUUUGGAUUUAUCUGAUAACCGUAUUUCAUCAGUUGAACCUGGUUUACUGGAUGAUUUGGUCAAUCUUAGACACUUAAAUUUAUCUCAUAACGCUAUUACUCACGUGUAUAAAGGUACUUUUACCCCUCCCGGGUUGACCAAACUGGACAUUUCCGUUAAUCAGAUCAAAUUUAUAACACAAGGAAGUUUUGAUAAUCUUACCGAUUUAAUUCAACUAAAUCUAACCUCGAAUAAAAUAGCCAGUUUACCUAAAAAUAUAUUCCAGCACUUAAUCUCCCUUGAAAACUUAUUUUUGAAACGAAACACUUUGAAAGCACUGCCCUCCUUUAGCAAAUGCACCAAAUUGACACAUUUAGAUUUGAAAGAUAAUUUAUUAAAUGGCCUAACAUCAACAAGUUUUGAAGGAUUGGUUUCCUUGGUAGGGAUAAGUGUGAGAAAUAACAGUUUAUUUUUUGUAUCAUCCAUGGCAUUUAAAGACUCACCGGAAUUAUCGUAUAUCGAUCUAUCUCAUAAUCAGAUCUUGUCGAUACAAAAGCACCUGUUAUAUUCGACACCGUGGGGAAAUCUCAACAAAUUGAAUUUCUUAAGACUGGAUUAUAACAACCUGACACGAUUAUCCAGUGACUUGUCGUAUUUUACAAAUCUUCAAAAGCUUUUCUUAGACCAUAAUAAAAUUGAUCGAGUCUAUCCGGAUAUGUUUCCCGAAUCACUAGUUCUCUUGGAUCUGUCCAGCAACCGGAUUCGCACUCUAGGUCAGCUGAUGACGAAACUUAAAAAUUUACAUAAAUUGAAUUUACAGUACAAUUAUCGAUACUUGAGAAAAUUGUCCACAUAUUCGUUUUAUUUGGGAUCAGCACAUCAACCAACGGUUUAUAUCGGAUUCAAUGAAUUCAUCUGUGAUUGUGGAAUGAUGUGGUUAAAAGCUCUGACAAUUCCAGGAAUCAUACUUCCAUCAACUCUACAGAAGUUGCCAUAUUUUCCGGACAUUGACAGAACAUUUUGUGAAAAUGACGGUCCAUCUUUGAUCAAACUGAGGGAUUAUCCGACAUCUAAAUUUGUUUGUGAAUAUGAGAAGGAUGAUUUUGAAUGUGAUGUGGGAUGUGGUUGUUGUCUUGACAGCAACUAUAGACUUAAUGGUGACUGUCCCUGUGUCUAUCGGUGUCCCAAAGGAUGUCAGUGUAAAAAAAGUGUCAUGAUUUUUCAGACAAACGAGAUUCAAUGCCAGAAUAGAAAUUUAUCUUCCAUCCCGCUUAGACUUCCACUCGGCUCAACCGAGAUCAAUUUAUCAGGAAACGAUAUCCCCAUGGUAACAAGGCAUUUCUUGGAGGAGUUGGAUCUCUUGAAUACUCUUUAUUUAAACGGAAGUAGGGUAAAAUGGCUAUCACCCGGAUGCUUUGAUGGAAUGCCGAGACUACAAGCACUUUAUCUCGACCACAACUUAUUGACAUCCAUUCCUUCUGGAUUGUUUCAGAAUCUCAAAUCUUUGGAACAACUUUAUCUGCAUAAUAACCUCAUUUCCUUUAUCGUGUCUGAUGCCUUUCACGGAUUAAACCACGGACUUAGCCUGUCUCUUCACGACAAUAAACUGAGCGAUCUGGGUUCGUUAGAUUCGUUGAACUCCAACCAGAUAACCACAGUGUCACUAUCAAACAAUCCAUGGAGUUGCCGGUGUGAUUUUAUCACCGAGUUCCGAGACUUUCUAACAAUAAACGCCGAGAGAAUCAAAGAUAUCGAUGACAUAGCUUGCACAUGGCCAGCAAGUGAAGAAAACAUGUUAAAUUACAACGACUCGGUAAAUAUCACGAUGCCGGAACUUUACUGGAAUUCAACUGAUCGCGUGAUGGGUGUUCUCGAUUAUAACUACUCGAGUCUGUGUUCCAAUAAAACUGUUAUAGUUAAUACAACUAUAAUUCAACAGGUUUUACAAGAGGAUGAUCGUUUACUUGGACCAAUAAUAGGCUUGGUCUUCUUCUUUUCUUCUCUAGCUGUUCUAGCGGUGUUAAUCGUGUGGAAACGACAAUUUGUACAAGUUGUUAUUUAUACAAAGUUUGGUGUGCGUUUCGUUCCAGGCAAGGAAAACAAUGAUCGCGAAUAUAAAUAUGACGCUUUCGUUUCGCAUAGCAGUAAGGACGAGGAAUUUAUACUUAAAGAGCUUAUGCCUAAAUUAGAACAGAGGAAGAAAUUGCGACUAUGCCUUCAUUUUCGAGAUUUCCCAGUCGGUGAAUCUAUCGCCGAUAAUAUUAUAGAAGCCGUGGACGCUAGUAGAAGAACUUUGUUGAUUAUUUCAAAUAAUUUUUUACAGAGUGAAUGGUGCAAAUUUGAGUUUCAAACGGCUCACCAUGAAGUUCUAACUAAUCAUGCGGAAAAUAUUGUUAUUGUUUUACUUGAUGACAUAGACCAAGACGCCGUGGAUCCUGAUUUAAGAACACUUUUAAAAACUAAGACAUACGUUAAAUAUGGCGAUCCAUGGUUUUGGGAAAAACUUUACUUUGCGCUACCCGAUAAAGAUAAGAUAGAUGACGAUAACGUAGCUGCAAAAGGAGAAGAGGUGAUUCGGUUUGAAAGGAUUUGAACAUAAAAUCGUUGACAUACAUUCCGCAACAUGAUUAAAAUACAGAUCUAUUUUUCGUUUCGUUUUUUUUUUAUACUUUCGAUGGCCUCUACUACAUGAAGAUCUGACCAGUUGUAGUGGGAGGUCGCAUAAGAGGUCAUACGAGGGGCUUUGAACCUAUGACGUCAGAAAUUUGAUUAACCAAUCAGAGUACAACUCACGCCUAAAACUCGUCGUAACAGACCGCUUCAAUGGCUAAUCCCAGACGUCACCCAGAACGCGGGUUAUAUAACAACUCUUCCAGAUCCUAGUGUAAUAAAGACAAGUAAAACGAAAUGUUGAAAUAUAAAGAAACGAAACGAAAUAGAAUCUGUGUUUUAAUCAGAUUGUACAUUCCGCAUUUUGUGUGAUUGUUAGAACAAUUCAAAUAAAACCAAAGACAAAAAUAAAAUAUAUAUUAUCCUGUCAAUGUCACAAAGAUGACAUGAUAUAAAUCUACACAGGUUUUAUGUCAAGAAGGCGAAUAAAAUUGUUGGUUAUCUUUGAUUGCUGCUA